GACCCCCGCCUUCAGUCACAACCAACCCUCGAAUGGUUACGACGCUUCUUGUCGUUUUAUAUCAUAACCAUAUAUACACGGUGUGUAAAAUUUCAAAUAUGUUGACUGUAUAGUACUGUGGUGAGUGUCGGAUGUAUGUUUAUGCAGUGUAUGCAGUGUGUGUCAGUGAUGUUUCAUACAUGAAUGCACUUACUAACAAAUACCCGUUUGGUGUGGAUUCUGUUCCGUGAUGUGUCUCGCAUAAUGUUCGCGGUCCAUUGUCGGACGCCUUGAGGCAACAUGAAUGUGAGAAAGAGUUUGGACGUGAGGCUGAUCGCCUUGUGCACCACCUGUCUGCUGCUGCCCGCCAUAGCCUGUCCCUCCCAAUGCAUCUGCAAGUGGAAGAACGGCAAGCGAUACGUCGAGUGCUCAGAGAAAGACCUCAAAACAAUCCCCAAUACCCUCGACCCAGAAACACAAGUACUAGACUUCACAGGGAACGAUCUACAAGUUCUACAAAAAGAAACUUUCCACAAAUUAAACUUGCUCAAUCUUCAGAAAAUCUACCUACAAAGAUGUAGACUACAGAAAAUCGAUAACCACGCGUUCAAAGGUCUCGCGAACCUCGUCGAGUUGGAUCUCUCCAACAAUUACUUGACAGUCAUACCGUCGACCAACUUUGUUUUCUUCCCGUCGCUAAUGAGGCUCUCGCUCAACAACAACCCAAUAACGAGCAUAAAAACUCACUGCUUUCAACAUUUAUCGUACUUGAAUACUUUGGAGCUGAGCGAUUGCAAAAUAGAAACAAUAGAGCGAGAAGCUUUUUCCGGCCUCAACCACCUGGAGUGGCUGCGACUGAACGGCAACCGGCUAUCAAAUAUUCAAGGUGAAAAUUUAUUCCCCGAUACGCUGCGAGGGAUCAACUUGCAAAAUAAUAAUUGGAAUUGCGAUUGCCAUCUCAGGGAUUUACAUAGUUGGUUGUUGAAUUUCAAUAUGCCGCACGCCGUCGAACCAAUUUGCUCCCUCCCUGAACGUUUGAGGAAACGGACGAUCACGAGCGUCGCAGAAAACGAGUUGGCGUGCUUACCGAAAAUGAGCCCUACGUCUGUGUUCUUAGAGACGAACACGGGCAACAACAUAACCCUCGAGUGCUUAGUGAAAGCGAUACCCGAAGCGAAAAUAACCUGGUUAUAUCAGGGCCAGAUCAUUCAUAAUUAUUCGAGCAUGUUACCGGACGCACGCGACCUGUAUUACGUGGAAAACGGCGUUACGGAUAAAAAGAGCGAAUUGUACAUAUUCAAUAUCGGGAACGACGACAAUGGAACGUACUCAUGCAUCGCCGAGAACCCCGCAGGCAGGUCUCGAGCCAACUACACAAUACGAAUUCUAGUGAAAGAGGAGCCCGUCGUUAUAGUGGUCACGUUCCCACAGAGACACUUGGUAGUCAUAGUCACCGUAGUCUUUCUUAUUAUCGUCUUACUCAUAGCUAUAAUAGCAGUAGUAUUAUUGAAAUUUAAAACAGACACGCGAAGUCGCAAGAAAAAGGAAAGCGGCAAGGACGUGGCGUUAUGUAAUCAAAUUUUGCCUUCGAACCGGGGGAAUGGAAUGCCUAAAAAUAAUGGUAGUGUGAUUGUUAACGCGCACUCUCAUCACGCGCUGCACUACACAGUACAAACAAACCGUGAUUACGAGGCGAGCGACGUGUAUCAAAGCAAUAACAUGAAAGGCUUUGUCGACAGGAACCCCGACCUAAUUAGCGACGCGGAAACUGUAGCUAACAAUGCGCAAAACGAGAACACAGUGUUAUCAGUAUACAAAGCUCAAACCGCGAGCGGCGACGGUUUCCAAGAGGAAACCGCAUUCACCGCGCCGACAAUACCCCGCCAGGUCACGUGGCAGGAUCAACAGACCAUCAACAUGCCGCAGAACACAAUCAACAACAUGUACCAGCACUCGGCGGACGUCCACCUCAAUCCGGGGUGCUUUUUAGAUAACGAAGGCUAUCCGUACGACUACGGUCUGCCGAAACAUCCCUGUCGGCCGCCAAUUAUGUCCAACUAUUCUGUAGUCGGUCCGUUUUAUCAGACACUACCGCACAAUCGGCCAAAGGGUCAGAAGCUUGUUUGUAAAUUCGCAAAAGACACGGAAUUUAACGCGUUUGGGCCGGGCAACGUGCGGCGUACUUUGGAGGGGUACCCCGUGCCGCGGAACAGGCAGAUCGCGUUUGUGGGUAACGGGACGGUGUACUAUAAUGAGGAGUUCGUGCCGUCGCCGCCGGAGGGGUAUAAGACGGAGCCGGUGCAGUGCUGCGCGCCCGCGGAGGCGUGCAGUUCGUGGGUGAACCCGAAGGGUACGUGUGCAGUGAUGGUGCCGAUGAGUGUGGCGGAGGGCCCGGGCCGGUGCUACCAGGUGGAGACCCGGUGCGUGGACACGCAGACCACGGACGCUCGGCUGCCCGGCGAGGGCACGGAGUCAGUGCUCAAGCCUUUACCGCAAGUGUCUAACGCGAAGUGCGCCGCUGACAUAUGUUCGGAGAGCCCCGACGAGGGCUACGUCGGUGACGCUAACGACAUCUGACGACGACGCCAGGUCGAUAGCGCUUAAACAGGGCAAUUUAGACGCUAACAAAGUGAUAAAGCGACUGAGUAUAAAGUAGUUUUGUAAAUAUAUGAGCUCGCGGCGACGGCGAAUGGAGGCGGAAUUCCAUUACUUAGCGAACGAUCCUGUUUCAUCCCUGUUUUGCAAUUUUAUAUAUUUUAUAGUGUAAGUCCGUUUGAUACCGCCUUUGUUCCGCUGUCGUCGAUAACGAUUAGCCAAAUAUCAUUUUCCAAAGUUACGUUGUAUUACGGUUACCUUUGUUUAGUUCUAGAUUUUUUAUAAAAGUAAAUAGUAAAAGUCUUAAUCAAAUCGUUUGUUAAUAGUAAAAUUAUUUCGUUUGUCAAUUAAGAUUUUGUAAGUAGACAUUCCAUUGUUGUCAUAUUUUAGCAGAUAUUGUACCAUUCCUAACGAAAUUUUUAAUAGCAUUUUUUAUCAAUUAUUGCAUUCUUUUGAAGUAUUCAUGUUUACAUUACAAUAACGUCGAAUUUAUACCACAACACCAGUAAUGUAAAUGUUACUAAAUAGUUAUGUUAUUUUUGGUCCUGUUAAUCUUACUCCUAAAUAUUGUCACUGCGUAAAAUAUUUCAAAUAAUAAAUAAUUUAAGCGACCUCUCUAGAUCGAUGUUAAUAAACAUAAAGAUUAAUUUAAAAUCAAUUAAGUCAAUUUUAUUUUUGCUUAAUAGCUAAGGCUGUGCGCACAUCAUGAAUUUACUGACAUAUUUAUUUUAAUACCUGUUUCCACGAAACUUCUUAUUGAAAAAUUUUCAUUUAAAAUAUUUAAAUGAACUGGCUCUAACCAUUACUACAAAGAUAAAAUAAUAAACUAAUUUGAAUUGAAAGAUUUUGUCUUCAAAAUAAAAUUGCUUACUGCACAGCCUUAGUAACAAAAUUGAACAUUGUUUGUCAUUGAGUUCACAAAAGUCCAAUAAAAUUGACACAAAAAUAAAUAACAGAAUCACUACAAGUCAAUCAAAAAACAGUUUUCGACAUUAUUUUGUUUGUCAGUAGUAACGAAAAUAAUUUUGUAACUUUUAUGAAAAAUUCUUGUAAAAGUUAAAAAUGAAAUUAAAGUCAAGAUUAAUGGGGAAUCUACUGAUCUUACAUAACUCAAUAUUUUUAAUAAUAAGAGUGUAAAUACUGUGUAAAUAAUAGUUAACUUACUUUCUGUAAUGGAUUAAGUAGCUGAUGUUAAGUAUUAAAUUGAUAUCAGGGUAUCCCCUAAGAAUAGAUUGUGGUGUUUCGAUGACGUUUGUUUUGAAGGUUUUACAAGAUAUUUCAUUUGUAUUUAUUUUCUUCAAUUAGUUUUGUAUUUUUUACAUAUUUUGUUAGCAUUGUGUAGAAUAUUAACUAGAAUUCAGAAUAAAAAAAAAAUUACAUAGAUUUACUACCUGACUCCUCUUUUGCAUGAAUGAUGGCUUUCUAGACUGUUUUCUGACCAUGAAUAUUAAUUGUGUAAAAUUUACAAAUAAAACUCGCAGUUGCUUAAUGCCUCCUUAUCUUGUAUAAUAUCCAUAUUAAAAUUGUGUCCGUCUAUCUGUUUGUCAAGCUUACACGCCUGAACCUAUUCAGAUGGGCAUGGCCUAUUAAUAUGCGGGUUAUGAAAGUAGAUGCUUUGGGAAUUUAAGUUAAUGGGAAUAAAUGGCUUCACCAAAAACAUGGGAUAAUAAUGAAGUCAGGUGUAAAAUCAUUACCGACAAUGUUUGCAGAGCUUUACCGAUUAAAUCUGUUGCCGCUUAACGUGUUAAAGGAACCAAUCCCGAUAAGUACUUACGUAAUAUCGGUAAUACCUGUAUGGUGUAGUUUAAUGGUAGAUUCAAAAUAAAAUUUCACUUUUAUAUCUACAAACUUAUGAGUUUGUGAAUUAUAUUGGAACUGUUAUAUUAAUUAAAUCAAGGAAGGCCUCGCAAACGAGGCUUACAACAAAAUUGGCGUACAGAUAUCACCUCGAAGAAGUUUCGUGAAUAUCACUGAAAAUCGUUUAUGUCCAUUUUCUAUGAAAAACCAUUGAUACAUGUACACACUGUAUUAAAUCAUUUUUCAUAACCUCAAAUAUGUGUAUAAAGGUUGCCACAAAAAGUUCGGACACGCUACAUAAUAGCAUAUACAUUAACCCUUUUCCGCAUUCUGAUAAAAAUACACAAAGAAUAACAUCGAAAACUGGACGCCAAUCGAUAAAGGAAACCGGAUACCGAACAAAGGACCAGGUCUUUGUGGUCCUCCGGUACGCACGACCCUCCCCAGAAAUUAACUAUAUUUACGACACCAUUAACUUGUUCCCAUAACCUUGAGUAAUUAUACCAGGUUUUGGAUGUUAGCCAAACUCAUUAAUAAUAACUCCUAACUAUUAAAGAGACACUCCAACUUAAUUUAUUAAUUAAUUAAUAGAGUAACAACCUUAAUGACUGGAUCAUAAGUUUGAUAUUUAUUUGCGUUGUAAUCUGGAUGUCUGGGAGUAUAUCAAAGGGACAUGAUAGGGAAAAUAUGACUUUGCAAAAAUAUAUAAUCUGAGAUCCUUUGAACAUCGUCAUUUACGAUUAACUUAAGCCAUACAAAAUAUUGAUCUCGAGUCACAUCUUAUUAGUUUCAACAGAACUCUGAAACACCUAGUUGGAUUUAGAAAAUCCAUUCCGAGCAAAAAGGAUUUAAAAUCCAGUAUUAAACGGAUUAAACAAGGGAAAAUUCGGCGUGGAAAUUGUGACAGGUGAAUGAAAAAUUAAGUUAGAAAAGUUACAUCAGGAUAAAUGGGGGACAGCUCUGUCUAAUGGCCAAUGAUUAUUGUAACUGGGGCUUUGGCCCGAAGUUUUGGCAGAUAACUGGGACUCUAUUACUCAAUGUCGGAUCUCGUUAUGUGGAUCUGAAGACUAGGACGUAAUUGCUGUCUCUGAUGGUGGUGGAGGUGAUCAACAUUGAUUCGACUUUUUAAUUGACGGAGCGGGGUAAAGUUUUUAUUUAAGUAAUAAAAGAGAUUAGGGAUUAUUUAUUUUGAAUUUUUGACUGUCUAAGGCAAUAUAUUCGGUUUUGGAGGGAAUUAUUUUCACUGAUCCGUAAUUGGAUAAAAAUUAUUUAAAAUGGUAUCCCAAUUUUUUUUUCACUCCAGCUUAAUCAGUGAAAUUACUUAUAUAAUUAGUAAUGAUACUUAAUACGAUUAACCAUUGCAUUCAUUUUGACCAGUUCUCAAUAUUCCAUGUUAUCAUAAAGACUAUAAAAAGCAUUACAACACUAAUUACUGUUCCAUAAAUAACCACAGUAUCUAAAGCCUCUCUCAAUUAUGGAUUAAGCACAAAAGAAAAUUAUCCCGUAAAUAGAAAAUGGACUAGGUUUAUGUCUAGACUGAAACCGAAAGCCGAGCCUCAUUAUCUUGCGUCGAUAUCCAUCAAGCCUUCAGUCCACCGUGGUUUUCAUAUUUUCUUGUCAUUUUAAGUUCUUGAUAUAAGAUAUACACCGCAUAGUAGCUUGAAAGAUAUUAAAAUAAUGAAUAAACCAUACAAUGCAUAAUUUAAACUUGGUAUAGUAAGAAAACAAACGAGAAUAAGAUAAAGAUAUAGUGUAUUAUCUUCAAGAACAGAUGAUUACUUAUGUUUAUUUUUAAAGACAUCCUUGACGACCUUAAAAGCUCGCAUGCCUUUGCUCACAUUAAACAAUAAAAAAUAACAUGAAAUAGUACUGAAAGACCUAAUAAGUUUUUUAAUUUGUUCAUUUUAAGUAAAAAUAAAUGAAACGUUAGCAUGCUAUUUAAGUUGGAUAUAAUAGCUAUUUCAUACCAGUGGAUUUUGUCACGUUGGUAUUUUUCAGAUGUGCGACAUAGUCCGCGUGGCCAAAACCAUGUCGUGCGCUUUCAAGUGUCAUCGUUUGUCAAGUACUAGUAGUUGUCAAUUAUUUGUUGCUGAAAUUAUAUUAAAUAAGCAAUCUGUAUGUAUGAUGUUUAAAAUGAUAAACCUAUUCUUCAAUUGUUGAAACACAUUAAUUUCAUUAGUUCAUGCUUCUAAUUUUAUGUUUAAAAAUACUUGAUACGUUAGGUAAACGCUUUCAAGUAAGUCUCAAGUGUUGUUCUAUAAUAAAAGGUAAAUUUAAUUUAAACUAAAAAACAAAGUCAAAGAAACACCAAGAUAGGGACAUAAACAUAAUAUUAUUGUAAAUGUAACACUAUCUUUUGUAAGACGAUUAAUUAUUAAUUGUGACUAAUUGAUUUUUUUAAUUAAGGUAAGACAUAGCAAUAAAUAAAUCUAUGCAGUCUAUCUUUACGUAAUUCAUACAUUUAAUUUAUAAGUUUGAUUAUUACAAUGAAGAUUGUUGUGAGUUGUGGUGGGUAAUUUUUAACAUAAAUAUGUUAAAAAAGUUUCAAAAUAUUGGAAUCUUCAAUUACAAUAAAUUAUCACCUGUCAUACAUUUGUGUAUCUUGUUUUGUAUUCAAACUGUACCGUAAAAUAUGCAAAUAUACAACAUUUUCUGUCAUAUGCCAUUUUAUGAUUAAAUAAUAAAUUGUAGGUAAUUAAAAGCAAAGAUAAAAUUAUAAAAUAGUUGACGUACACUUUGAGUCAAAAACAUAGUAAUUUUCCGAAUAAUUAUAUUUGUUAUGAUGAAAUAAUCAUAUUUGCACAUUUUAUCAUCAUUGUAACGAUUAAUGAUGGUUAUCAAAUACUUUGUCGUAUUUAUUAAUAACAUUAAUUAUUUAACAGUACUUAAUUGUUCAGUUAUACACAUUACUUACCUACACAUAAUGUAUUAUUAAAGUUUUAUUCAUUUUAUUCAUUUUCCACAAAAAUGUAUCAGUUUCAUGUUAUUUGACUACUGGUAUGGUAUUUAAAGUGAUAAUAUUGCAAUUAUUCUCAGUUGAAUACAUUGAAACAUAUUUUGAUUUACCUUUAAAUUGAUUUUUUUUUUAUUAAAAAAAAAUAAUGUCCAUAUUUUUAGGUAAUAAUACAGAUUUUAUAAGUGUUUGUGAAAGGCAGUAACGAGAUAUUAUAAAUAAUAAAUUAAUAAUAAAUAAUAAAUUCGUUUAUUGAUCCACAGUUACAUUCACAAAUCACUUCUUAAUGUUAUGAGGUAGAUUACAAUAAAGGUAAACUGUAACUAUAUUACUAGAGUCAUUUUUAUCAGUUCUGUGGUCCCCAAACUAGGCUGUGCCUGUAUCUUGGGGACCUAUUUUCUAAUUACAUUGUGGUUUUUAUGCGUAAAUUCUGAUUGUAGGUCAGAUAAUAACAUUAACAUUAUUUUGUAUGUAAUCGGUGGACACUUAGGAAUAUAUAAAACUAAAUUAACAUAUAUUAAAGUAUAUUUUUAUAUAUUUUAUAUUAAAAAUAAUCCCGAAUAUGACAAAGGAAAAUACAGACUCCAGCACUUUUUUUAGCUUCUACACUAGAGCAUAAGAGAGCAGAUUUGAGUAUCUUGACGUACCUGCGUACUUUUUAAUGGAAAGUUACCCACCAUGACCCAGAAUAAUGUAUUUCCAUGGCGUGUUCCCAGGUUGGAACAGUCAGACUGGACACGAGUUGGUUAGCACAAACGAUAUCACAAUGUUACUCUUUAGUGGAAACAAAUUGUAGAUGUGCAUGACAUUGGAAUAAAAGUGUAUUUUUA